GAAAUAUAUUUUGUCUACUUGACAACCAUACCCCAGGCAACUAGCUUGUAUCGCUUUUCAAUUUAGGGUCGCGAGCCUCUUCCCUUGCAGGCACACAUGCAGAUAAUUGGCGGCAUCCGUCGCAUAAUGAGGCCUCGCUAUCUGAAGUUAUAACCGCCAGCAACGUGAAGCACUCCCUCGACACGGGCGUCUUGGAGCACUUUCUACCACAUCUACUUCAUUGAGUUGGGCUAUUUAUCCGGGCUUAUUUUCUCACGGCUGAAAAUGACAUUGACUCUGAAGACCAAUGACGAGUUCUGAUGGAAUCGCCCACGAUCGCCUCCCAAGAGUCCGCUGUGCUUCGUGUCCAGCUUCAUCGACAACCCCUGAGGCGAGCAGCAGAAUAUCUACUUCGUUUCCGCGGCAGCGGGGCCUCGAGCGUCCGUGAAUCCAAGAACUGCCGGGCGCAGCCGGCGGUACGUAUCAUCUGCAUCUCCGACACGCACAAUCUGCGCCCUACACUCCCGUCGGGCGAUUUACUUAUCCACGCGGGAGACCUCACAGAGUGGGGCACAUUUGAUGAAGUCCAGGCGCAACUCACAUGGCUCUCGUCUCAACCAUACGAGCACAAGAUCCUUAUAGCCGGUAACCACGACUUGCUAUUCGACGGGGUAUUCCUAGAAAAACAACCAGAACAUAAAGAUUAUCAGGGCCGCACAAGACGCGACCUCGAUCUCGGCUCGGUGACUUAUCUACAAGAUGAGAGCAUCAGGCUAUCAUGCGCAGACGGCAAACGCGCCUUGAACAUCUUCGGAUCACCUUGGACGCCCCAGUAUGGCAACUCAGCAUUUCAAUAUCCACGAGAGGAAGAUGUGUGGAGCAAUCGUGUGCCCUCAUCGACGGACAUCCUCAUUACACACGGCCCGCCGGCCAGAUUCAACGACAUCAGACCUUCUGCUGGGUGCGUCUAUCUUCGUGCUGAAGUCGCGAGGGUCAAGCCUGAACUUAUGGUCUUCGGACACAUUCAUGUCGGUGGGAAGCUCUUCCGUUCAUGGCUAUUGCGGUCGCAUGGUCUCGUAUCCGACGACUAUUAGGUCGUCCAGUCAAGAGCACGAAGAUGAUCAAUGCAGCAGUGGUAGAUGGGAUGAAGAAGGAUGUUGCACUGGAUGCUUUUGUUAUAGAUUUAUGACGGCGUUUUGGCCGGUGUUUGUAAUAUAUUUCUUAUAUUCAUAGCAUGUACAAGGCAUAGACAAGCGAGACAAAGCCUCGCAUGAAUUUCUUGUUGAGCCUGAAAGAGUCGGAUGUCAUUUCAGCGGGUUACCACUUCAUCAUUUGGUGAAUGUGAUCUUCACAGACUGUUGGAAGGCCGCCGAGCAAGUGUAACGGAUGAUGACGCUCUGGUCGUUUGCGUAC